CAGCGAUUCCUGCAUUAGGUCUAUGAUAAAAUCAGUAAGACCGCCCACACGAGUUUAAAGGCCCUUCGGGGAACAUGCACAGCUUCAGUUUUGUUUUGAACCUGACGGAAGAGUAGCUUGCACUUGAAUGCACGCUCGCGCUCUUUGUUUGACUUAGACAUACUUCAAGGGCUGCAUCUGGGAAACAGCAAAGAUGAUUUUCGACAAGCUGAAAAAGAUCGACAUAGUGUUUGAUUCUCCGGAGCUGGACUCUGUUCCGGUGUUCAGCAGCGGAGAUGUGGUCUCAGGGAAGGUUGUGCUCGAGCUCUCGGGGGAGACUAAAGUGCAGUCGCUGAAGUUGCAUGCAGAAGGUUUCGCUCAAGUGCACUGGACCGAGUCUCGCAGCGCAGGCUCGAGCACCGCUUACACGCAGAACUACAGCGAUGAAGUGGAGUACCUGAACCGGAGAGAAGUUCUGCUGCAGGCAGAUAACGGUGAGCUGACCGUUCUGUCUGCUGGGAGACACGAGUACCCUUUCAGUUUCCAGCUGCCAGAGGAAACUCUAGUGACAUCUUUUGAGGGCAAGCACGGCAGCAUUCGGUACUGGGUGAAGGUUAAGCUGCAUCGCCCAUGGGCCACCGUCAAGAAGAUCAAGAAAGAGUUCACGGUUAUCGAGCCCAUUGACAUCAACACACCAAGUUUGCUGGCGCCUCAAGCUGGAACCAAAGAGAAGAUGGCUCGCAUUUGGUACCGCAACUGCGGGCAGGUGUCGAUCACCGCAAAGAUCGACCGUAAGGGCUACACGCCGGGUGAAGUGAUUCCAGUCUUCGCUGAAUUCGAUAACUCCACGUCUCGCUCCGUGGUGCCGAGAGCUUACAUCACCCAGACACAGACCUUCAUCGCGAGGGGAACCAUGAAGCAGAAGAGGGCCGUGGUGGCCACGUUGUGCGGGGACAUAGUUGGUGCACGCCAUAGAGACACGUGGCACGGCCGCGCCAUCAAAAUCCCUCCAGUCGGGCCCUCCAUCCAGCAGUGUCGCAUCAUUAAAGUGGAAUACAUGCUCAGGGUGUGUGUUGAUGUUCCUGGGACGUCCAAACUUUCCCUGGAGCUUCCUUUGGUUAUGGGCACCAUCCCUUUGCAUCCAUUCGGCAGUCGUACGUCUAGCGUGAGCAGCCAGUACAGCGUGAACAUGGAGUGGCUUCGCAUGGCCAUCCCUGAGCAGCCUGAGCCUCCUCCAGAUUACAGCGCUGUUGUGUCAGAUGAGGAAGCGGUCCAGAGCUCCACAGCAGUCCAGCCUGAGGAAGAUCUCAGCGGCGUGCUGCAGCGCUCCCUCAUGGCCUACGUGCAGGAGUUCAGAUUACGCCCGCCUCCGGUGUACAGCGAGGUGGACCCAAACCCUCAGCCCCUCACCAUGCGUCCUCGCUGCAUGACCUGUUGAACUCUCUGUCAGCUGAGCAUCACCUGAUGUUUGUAACAAAAGCUGAGAUUUAAUUCUCCUGGACGUCUCUCUGAGACUGAGAUUGGCACUUGAUCCUCGUUUCGAGCCGUUCGCAUCUGUGCUUCCAGCAGCGGGGCAAAGAGAGAGGAGGAGAUGUCUGGACUAGGCGAGGACGAGUGCUUUCAUCAAACAAAGAGCACAUUCAGUACCAGGCCGAACAAAGGUUCUGCCCACGUUUGUGUCCCAAAGAGCGAUCAGACUCUGGUCUGUGCCUCAAACCAUUGUUUGUAGAAUCAGGGAAAUCUGGUAUGAUCACUAGAGAAUUAUGGGUGAGAAGCCAUUAAGAGAUGCUACCCAUAGUGCCUUAUUUUGCUGUGAAUGAGGGCCGAGUCCCUUUUAACCAGCUGCAGUCUGCCACCAUAGAUGUUCGCAUGCAUGUGAUGAAACUGUCAUCAUAUGCGCAUCUUUCGGUGUCGGUGUUAGCCAAAGAGAUUGGUUUAACAUUCAUGUGAAUGGGUGAUUCUAUUCAAAAGGGGAAAACUAGAGCUUUAAGGGGGGAAUUGCAAAUCCUGGAAGUAGAAAAAUCCUUUUCCCCCCCUCUUGGAGUUGAUGUUAUGUUGGUAUAAGUUUCAUCUGGAGCCUGAGACCUGGAAGCUCUUAAUGUCUCGCUGAAUGUAAACCACAGAUAACUUUUGAGCAAAACUGUUGUUUUUCUUCAUUGUUUUUACUGUGACUUGUGGUCACGCAGGUCUCAAGGAGCCCUUGAAGGUUAGCUUUACGAAGGACAGAGCCAUGUGUACCCAAGGUGCCUUUUUUAGUUGAUUUAGAUGAAACGAUGAAUGACUUACAGGGAUUGUGUCAUGUUAAGUUUUCCUAAUGUUGCGACUCCCUGAAGUGUCCUUACACACACAUUCCAAAAAUACCACAGACUCGCUUCAUUUCCAGGUUAUGAGAAAGUGUACCUUCAGGUUUAAACAUAAUGAUUGUAUUUUUGUUGUUGAAAUUUGUGACAAGAAUAUUUUUUGUUAAUCGAUUUUAAGUAAAUAAAAAGGAAAAAUGAUA